CAGCUGUUGAAAACCAUGUGCUGUGCCCCAUAUGCCACAGUUUCUUGGUAUGCCUUCACACAUCUUUGUAGAUCUUUCAACUGAAGAGGAGAUUUUUGUUGCCAAUAAUCACAAUAUCAUUGGGCAUAACAUCCACAAGAUUUCACACACGGAUAUGGUAAAAGUGUUUAGGAGUGUUAAACCCACCCGCAUUGAUGUGACCUCAAAGAGGUGCGAAGACACAAAAGAAUGGAGGGAAAAGUGCCAGCAGCAUAUCUCUCCUGGAAAGGAGAUAUCAAGCUACCAAUCCAUCUUUUGGAUCGCUUGUUCCAGUGAGGCGGUAUACAAGCAAUGCGUAUUGGUGUUUGGCCUCCAUGAACAAGGGGAGUUAAAGAACCAACAAAUCAAGAAAAACGAAUCCAUCUCUACUCCCUCCCUAAAUGUGACCACGCCCUGGAGAGCUUUAAUGACUCUACCAAAGGAGACGAUCCUGGAAAUGCUAGUAAAGGUCACCAAUUUAGAUUAUGAUUUGGAAGAAAUGACAAAGAGAUGUGAAAAGAGGUAUCCCCGGAGAGAGGCUGCGACAAUUCAUGGAGAACAAAGAAAAAAUCCAGGGCAGAAAUCAACACCCAUGAUUUUCCAGGAGGAUUCCCUGACAUUUUUGAAGGCUGGGAGAGAGGAAAGCACUGUCGACAUAACAAUUUUUAAUGAAGAAAUAUAUGAUUGGCAACCGUUACUCCGCGUAUGUGUGGAUCUUCCAUUUCUGAAGGAGGACCACACAUUCAUAAUUUCCACUUCAUGGAGCGGAGUCAGCGACACGAAAAAGGCCAUGGAACUAAUGUACCCCGACAAAGGCACAGCCGUUGUUGUAUAUUACAACAAAAAGAGUAACUGCAUCCAGCCCUUUGUGUGUCUUUCUUCUAGCAAGAGUAAGGUAAAAACUUUGACAACAUUGGUAGAAGGGCCCACAAAGACAGCCUUCUUUGGAAAGUUAUUUUCCCAGGUCAACAAAAAGGGAAAUACCCUGGUUCUGCACUGUGGAAAAGGGGAAGUCUUACAAUCAGGACUGAAGAAGGGCUUCAAUGUUGUUGGAGUAGAUGGCAGAAAUGACAUGAUCAGAUCCUGCAACAGAUUUCUUUAUUAGAUUAAAUUAUAAAAUAUUGAUUUGCAAACAAAAAGAAUUGAUUGAAACGUGU